GAAACAGAAAGAGGAGGAUGCAUCCAAAUGGAAGUGGUGGGAGGAAACCAAUCACGAAGAUGGCGUGAAGUGGAAAUUUCUGGAGCACAAAGGCCCGUAUUUUGCUCCUCCAUAUGAACCCCUUCCAGAGGACGUCCACUUCUACUAUGAUGGAGAACUGAUGAAGCUUAGUUUGGCAGCUGAAGAAGUGGCCACUUUCUACGGCAAGAUGCUGGAUCAUGAGUACACCACCAAGGAGGCAUUCCAAAAUAAUUUCUUUGCGGACUGGAGGACGCAAAUGACAAAAGAAGAGAAGAAGACCAUUAAGCAUCUGGACAAAUGUGACUUUACGGAGAUCCACAAGUAUUUCUUUGAUAGAAAUGAGGAACGGAAAGCUUUACCUCUCCAGCAGAAUGUUCUGUCAUUGUGGGAUGAAUUUGUCCUGUCUAUAGACAGGCUUAUCAAUACCAAGGACCAGACUAAUACCAAGGGUGCCAGCCUGUUUGACUGUGGGGGAAUCUUGGGUAUCCUGUCAGUAGAGGGGACUUGGUUAGAGGAGGAGCUUCUCAGUUGGACUACCUUUGGACAUCCCAAAGUGUUCGGCUUUUAUUCCACCAUCCAUGAGCAUAUUGUCAGGAAAUUAAAGGAGGAGGCCAGCAAGCUUCAGGAGGAGUACGGUUACUGCAUGCUGGAUGGGCAUCGGGAAAAAAUCGGCAACUUCAAAAUUGAACCGCCGGGUCUGUUCCGUGGCCGAGGUGACCAUCCCAAAAUGGGAAUGUUAAAACUGAGAAUAAAGCCAAAGGACGUCAUUAUAAACUGCAGCAAAGGUUCGAAGGUUCCUGAGCCCCCACCCGGCCACAAGUGGAAGGAAGUGCGCUUUGAUAACACAGUCACCUGGCUGGCUUCCUGGACAGAAAACAUCCAGGGAUCGAUCAAGUACAUCAUGCUGAACCCAAGCUCAAAACUCAAGGGGGAGAAGGACUGGCAGAAAUACGAGACCGCUCGCCGCCUGAAAGAUGUGGUAGGUCACAUCCGAACCCAAUACCGAGCGGAUUGGAAGUCCCGUGAGAUGAAGAAGAGACAGAUAGCCGUGGCACUGUAUUUCAUCGAUAAGCUGGCCCUCCGAGCGGGCAAUGAGAAGGAGGAAGGCGAGACGGCGGACACCGUGGGCUGCUGCUCUUUGCGGGUGGAGCACAUUCAGCUCUUCCCUGAGCUCGAUGGUCAGAAGCAUGUGGUGGAAUUCGACUUCCUGGGGAAAGACUCCAUCAGAUACUACAACAAGGUGCCUGUGGAGAAGGAGGUGUUUAAGAAUCUAAAACGGUUCAUGGAGAACAAGGAUCCAGAAGAUGAUCUGUUUGACCGGCUGAAUACCAGCACACUGAACAAACAUCUCCAGGAUCUGAUGGAUGGACUGACUGCCAAGGUCUUCAGAACUUAUAACGCCUCCAUUACCCUGCAGAACCAGCUGAAAGAACUGACUAACGAGGAGGACAACGUACCAGCCAAAAUCUUGUCCUACAACCGCGCCAACCGGGCUGUGGCUCUUCUCUGCAACCACCAGAGGGCGCCACCCAAGACCUUCGAGAAAUCCAUGCAAAAUCUGCAGGCCAAGAUUGAUGCAAAGGAGGAGCAGCUGAAGGAAGCAAAGAAAGAGCUGAAGAGAGCUAAAGCUGACCAUAAGCAAUGUCAAAACGACAAGACAAGGAAGUACGAGCUGCUUAUGUCACCUCCUCAUAACGCAGAACACCGCACACAGGGCCAGUGCACCCUUCACCCUACAGAUCAGAGGAAGGGUAAGUUCUACCUGGCGGUUGUUCAGGCCUCAGCUGGUGCCAGCGAUUUCCAGGCCGCACUCCGAGCUCCGCGUUCCUUUUGUUGUUCAUUCUUUGUGGUCCUGUUGGGGAGGUUUGCUCCAUUGCCCGGCCCUGAGAUGGACUGCUGGAGAACGUCUCGGGGUCUAAGACUUCAAGAGCCUGCGUCCUGUGCUCUGCCAUUCACAAAGUGUAAGAAAUACGGGGUGCCCAUCGAGAAGAUCUACAACAAGACUCAGAGAGACAAGUUUGCUUGGGCUAUAGCCAUGACCAACGAGGACUUUGAGUUCUAGAAGCCAUGUUGUGCCAGAAGCCGUCAUCUACCUCUCAAUGUGCCCC